AUGCACAUCACAUUGAUUUCGAAGAACAAAGAAAAGUUUAUAGAUGGAUCUCUUGUCAAACCACCUGUAUCUGACCCUCUUUACACUCCAUGGAUCCGUUGUAACACAAUUGUGCUUGCUUGGAUUCAACGUUCUAUUUUCGAUUCAAUUGCAAAAUUGGUUCUUUGGAUUGAUAGUGCAGUAGGUGUUUGGCAGAAUUUACAACUUCGUUUUUCUCACGGUUAUAUUUUUCGCAUCUUAGAUAUUCAAGAGGAUAUCUACAAACUUCGCCAAGGUACUCUCGAUGUUUCGAAUUACUUCACUCAAUUAAAAGUUUUAUGGGAUGAAUUAGAGAACUACAUGCAUAUUCUUGCAUGCUCAUAUGCAAUUCCUUAUUUUUGUGGUGCUAUUGCAUCUACCAAGAAAUAUUGCAUGCAUGAUCAAGUUAUUAGAUUCCUUAAAGGACUGAAUGAGAAGUUUACUCAUUCAAAGUCACAGAUAAUGAUGAUGAGCCCUUUGCCUCACAUUGAUAAGGCUUUUUCCCUACUUAUUCAACAAGAACAGGAAUUGAACAACUUUGCUUAUGUUAUGGCUAAAGCUUAUGCAAAUAUCGAGGAACCUAUUACAGUAGCUUGUCAGGCUAAAGCUCAUUAUGGCAACUCCAAUGGAAAACCUAGAAAUAAUGCUUUCAGAGGGAAGAAUCAAGGUUUUGUUGGUCCUAGAUGUCAGAAUCAUAUUUGCAUACACUGUGGAAGAACUAAUCAUAUAAUGGAAACAUGCUUCCUCAAGCAUGAUUAUCCCAAGCCUCAGAGUCAUACCAUCAAUCCUCAACCUACUUCCGCAAUCAAUGUUAUCUCUGAUUCUUCUUAA